AUGAAUGCUAUGCCCAAUGUCUCUAUUGCUAUGAUGGGGAGCAGCCAGGACUUCCUGCACAGAAAGGGAGGGAGGUGCAGCCUUUCGGUCCCUGAACGAAUGAAGCAAGAGUCGUGUCCACAUGCUUGGAACAAAGCUGAAGCUGUUUAGGAUGGGUGUCGGCCUUUGGCGCUGAUGCAUGUUGUCUCUGCUCCUGCUUCUGAUUUUCGUGGGCAGAAUAUCAAGGCUGAGCUGUGGCCGGGAGGCCAUGCGGGAGAUCAUGCACAGCACAACUGGAUGUGGAAAAUGGAUGGAUGGCUUUAUGAAUGAAGAGAAAUAAGCAGAGAGAGGAGUAAUUAAGUUUGCAUAUUGCAUACAAAAUUGAUUUCAUAUAAUUUCCAUAGAAAGAAGUGGGCAGAUACUUUUACAGGACGGGAUACAAGCAUAAACACACUAAUAUGCAGUAUUCAUUAAUGUUCUGUUUUAACUAUGAAGGAACAGAAACAGGAAAACCACAGAGAAAUCAUUAGCGCUUUAUCUGGGCCUUUAAUAACCCUGCUUUUCCGCCACAUUUAUGUCAAAAACUAUAUAAAUCAGUUAUGCAUCCCCAGUGUGUCUCGGCAUGAACAGAGAAGGCGGGGAGACCAGUGCUCUCUCACAUUCCUCCCUAAAUUGACAGAGAGCAUGUGAUUAACAUUGUUAAUUUAACAUACCCCAUCAGCAGUGAGCGAAACAGCCGCACGCAGCAAAGACUCCCAGCAGCAGGAACUCCUCAAAGGUCAGUGUUCCACAGCUGUAGAGCAGGGCCCCUGCCCAAGAGCCAGAGCUGAAGUGAAGACGGCACCAUAUCCAUCACUGCCAUGAACAAGAAACUGGACCUAUCCAAGCUGACAGAUGAGGAGGCCAAGCAUGUGUGGAAGGUUCUACAGCGUGAUAUGGAACUGAGGAAAACAGAGGAGAACAGACUGGGGGAUCUGAAGACCAAGAUCGAAAAGGAAGACUCCAAGCGGGAGCUUCUGGCCAGCCAGCCCAGCUUGACCGCAUCCUACUGCAUUCACUGCCUGCAACCCUUCAAGUUCCUUGUGAACAGUCGCCGGCAAUGUGCAGACUGCAAGCUCUACAUGUGCAAAAGCUGCAGCCACUACAUCAAGAAGGAGAGGAGCUGGGUUUGCGAUCCCUGCUGCAUGUCCAGGGUAUUGAAGACAGGCACGUUGGACUGGUUCCAUAACAACAUUCGUUCCCGAUUCAAGCGAUUCGGCAGUGCUAAGGUGAUGCGGUCGCUCUCCAAGAGGCUGAAUGGGGAGCAGGGCUUGCUGAUGGACCUGAGAGGUCCCCGUGAUGAUGAUACACACAGCACGGCUGACAUUCGCCACAACUAUGAUGGUCAUGAAGAGGAUGAAGCAUUAGAUGGUCAGCGUUACAGGAUGAUGCGGAAAACCAAGCGUCUCCUCUCCGUCCACCCACUGGAUUUUGAUAUGGAGCAGGAUUGCUCCAGCCACUCCCGCCGACAGUCUGUCCAGGUACUGGAGGAACAAUACAGGCCAAGGAAUGAUCCUGAGUUUAACACAGAGGUACAGCUCCACUACAGCCGCAGGAAGAGCCUGGACAAACUGUCUCGUUAUGAUGAGGGCCAUUUCCCAGACCAUCGGAUAAUGCGUACCCGCUCGCUAUCCAAGAUUGGGACAUUCCAGCGCUACCCUCACUGCGAGCCGGACACCUCAGAAGAAGAGGGAAGCGAGCGCUUCCCCAUGUUCCAGCUGCCCCCACGGCGACGUAGCCGCGCCUCAUCCCAGGAGAAUGUGCACCAGAGUGUUCCGCCGAUGACUGAGCUGUCCAAGCGCAUGGAAGCCAUUGAAAGCCUCUUGAGUCGUCUGGAGCAGAAGAUGAUCGAACCUCCUCAGCAGCUGGACUCUCACCCUGCAGUGGACCUAGAAGAAGUGAAGCUGAGCAGGAAGUUACAGGAGCUGACUGGAAAUAUCAGCGACAAGGGCCUUUCCUCAGAGGAAGAUGAGCCCAAAGUGACCCCAACCCACAAGGAGACCCAGAGGAAAGACAGGGUGCGGGGAGAGCCAGCCCUGGUGAGCCCCAUGGCCAUGGAGAGGGUAAUGAGCUCCUCAAGUGAUGAGCAGCAAUCAGACGCUCAAAAGAGAUCCAGUGCGGCAGCCCUCUGUGACAUCACUACUGUGGUCCUAAGAACCAUAAAUGCCACUGAGAGAGCGCUGACUGAAUUGGCUCCGUCAAAGCCUAAUGACACAUACCGCUUAAUGGGGACAGAUGUAAGGCAAGCUGAUGAGGCUUACAGAACACUUGAGGAAAAUGUCUACCUGACAGCAGGCAAAUCCUACGACCUGGAGAGGAAGCUGAAGUCCCUGGAGCAGAGUGCGAAGAGCCGCUACUGCGGGUACACCGACUCCGAGCUGUCUGAGCUGGAGGACAAAGUGGCUCUGGCUGCCGCCAGAGUGCAGACCACUGAGAGCGAGGUCUCUGACAUAGAGAACAGGAUAGCUGCCCUUAGUAUGGCGGAGGUGUCAGAGAAGUCAAGGAAGAAGGUAUCCGGCGCACAGAGGCGAAUGGUCCUUAAUGACGCUCCAGCGAGAAGUGGCAAUGGAUCAGGAUCCAUUCGAAGACGGUCUUUCAUUUAAAGAACCAUCCCCUUCAAGUUUUCCACCGUCCCAGAAUACACCUUUAAGAUGUGCUUCCAUCUCUGCGCUCAGUUCCUUUGCAAUUCACUGACUCCUACUGAUUAAUAACAUUUCUUGACUUUCUGACACGUUUCUUUAUUUUAAAUGUCCGGAAAGAUGAAACAAUCCUUUAGAUCUGAGUGUUUGUUAUUCUCACCCAGAUGUAAAAACCAUCUUCUUACACUUUGUCUUUAAACCCUCCCAUGUAAUGUCUGCGGGGGCCAGAAUCUAUGUUCUUUACCACUGUGCUCUUCUGUGUUAUACAGUAACAUAUUAGUUGGUGCCUCAUGAAAUAAAAUGUGAAGUUAUCUAUAAUGAAAGUUAUUUAAGAAGAAGAUUAUAACAAAAUAAUCAUUGUAAAUCUCAAUGAGUGGGAUUUCUCACAUUAUACACAAGUUGAAGUUAUUCUGACUGAUUUAAAGUGAUUAAUGAUACAAUCUUGAUACAAUGUUGGCAAUUGUUGAAAAUUCUCUGAUACCUUCAUAUUUUCAUCUCUUCAAGCAAUAUAUGAUUGUGACUUUUUUUGUUAUUUUACAGUCUUUUUUCUCAUGUAAUUAGUGAGGACUGAAGUGUCUAGUAACCUUAUUGUCUUUUUCUCUGUUAGUAUUAAAUGGUAACAUCUGCAUUUUAAAAUACAUUUCGGCAGAUUUUAUCCAAAUUGCUUAUUGUGCUAUAUUUUCCAUCAGGAUUUCGGAACCAAAUCUGUUUAAAUGUUGCUUUUAUGCUGGACAUGUUCAGACAGAAGCACUGAAUGUAGGGUUGCUGACUUUUGCCUAACAUUCCGGAUCUUUUGUUCGCCCUCUUGCAUAUGGUGAUUGGCAUGGAUGGAUAAGGCAUUGUAUUUAAUACUAAGCUAACCAGCAAGGUCCACAUGCUCUGUGCUUGGAAGCCGCAGAGUAGCGUACAGCCUCUGGAUGUCCUCCUCAAUCAUUGUUCUCCUCAUUGCUCUGUCAUAAUUGAAUGUCUCCGAAAAGACAAAGUGAACUGGCACGGAAAGUUCUUUACGAAUAAAAAUUAUUCCAAAAAAAUAUGUUC